CGCGGUGAACUGAGAUUCCCCUUCCCCUCCCCCGCCCGGCACACGCACACCGCACACACACACACCUUGGCCUCCUCUUCCUCCGGCUCCAGGAGAGAGAGAGAGAAAGAGAAAAGCAGAGGGCGAGGCGCUGGGCCUGGGCCUCCCGCACCGCGCCGCCGCGCACAACAUGGAGGAGCUGGUGGUGGAGGUGCGCGGCUCCAACGGGGCCUUUUACAAGGCAUUUGUAAAGGAUGUACAUGAAGAUUCGAUAACAGUUGCAUUUGAAAACAACUGGCAACCAGAGAGACAAAUACCAUUCCACGAUGUGAGGUUUCCACCACCUGCAGGCUACAAUAAAGACAUAAAUGAAAGUGAUGAAGUCGAGGUUUAUUCCAGGGCAAAUGAAAAAGAACCCUGCUGCUGGUGGUUGGCUAAAGUGAGAAUGAUAAAGGGUGAGUUUUAUGUAAUAGAAUAUGCAGCCUGUGAUGCUACGUACAACGAAAUUGUCACAAUCGAGCGUUUGAGGUCUGUGAACCCUAACAAACCUGCAACGAAAGAUACUUUCCAUAAAAUCAAACUGGAAGUACCAGAGGAUUUAAGGCAAAUGUGCGCCAAAGAGUCUGCACAUAAGGACUUCAAAAAGGCAGUUGGAGCUUUUUCUGUAAUAUAUGAUUCCGAAAACCAUCAGCUUAUUAUUUUAUCAAUCAACGAUGUAACAACGAAGCGGGCAAAUAUGCUGAUUGAUAUGCACUUUCGAAGUCUUCGCACUAAGUUAUCCCUGAUUUUGAGAAAUGAAGAAGCUAGCAAACAACUGGAGAGUUCUAGACAACUUGCAUCACGAUUUCAUGAACAGUUUGUUGUUCGUGAAGACUUAAUGGGUUUGGCUAUUGGCACUCAUGGUGCUAAUAUUCAGCAAGCCAGAAAAGUCCCUGGAGUGACUGCCAUUGAUCUUGAUGAAGAUACCUGCACAUUCCAUAUUUACGGAGAGGAUCAAGAUGCAGUGAAGAAGGCGAGAAGUUAUCUUGAGUUUGCUGAAGAUGUCAUACAAGUCCCAAGAAAUUUAGUAGGGAAAGUAAUUGGAAAAAACGGAAAACUGAUUCAGGAGAUAGUGGACAAAUCUGGUGUUGUAAGAGUGAGAAUUGAGGCUGAGAAUGAUAAAAAUAUUCCACAAGAAGAGGGAAUGGUACCAUUUGUAUUUGUUGGAACCAAGGAUAGCAUCACUAACGCAACUGUUCUUCUGGAUUAUCAUCUUAAUUAUUUAAAGGAGGUGGACCAGCUACGUUUGGAAAGAUUGCAGAUUGAUGAGCAGCUUCGACAGAUCGGAGCUACUUCUAGGCCGCCACCAAAUCGUACAGAUAAAGAAAAAGGAUAUAUGACUGAUGAAGGUCCAGGGCUCGGAAGAGGUAGUCGACCUUACAGAAACAGAGGGCAUAGCAGACGUGGUCCAGGCUACGCUUCGGGAACUAAUUCUGAAGCAUCGAAUGCUUCUGAAACAGAAUCUGAUCACAGAGAUGAACUUAGUGAUUGGUCAUUAGCCCAAGCAGAAGAGGAACGAGACAACUACCUUCGCAGAGGAGAUGGACGAAGACGUGGAGGUGGUGCAAGAGGGCAAGGAGGGAGGGGUCGUGGAGGAUUCAAAGGAAGUGAUGAGCAGUCACGAACAGAUAACCGUCAGCGUAAUUCAAGAGAUGCGAAAGGGAGAACAGCAGAUGGAUCUCUACUGAUCAGAAUUGACUGCAAUAAUGAAAGGAGUGUUCACACUAAAACAUUACAGAAUACCUCCAGUGAAGGCAGCCGGCUGCGCACAGGUAAAGAACGUAAUCAGAAGAAAGAGAAAGCGGACAACGCAGAUGGCCAACAGCCGCUGGUGAACGGAGUACCCUAAACUGCAUAAGUCUGAAGUCAUAUUUCCUAUACUGUUCAGUAAUUCCUAUUCCACGUUAGAGAAACUUGUUAGGCCAAAGACAAAUAGUAGGCAAGAUGGCGCAGGGCAUGAAAUGAACAUGUGUUCUCUGUUAGCCUUUUUUUAACAUCAACAGUAUGCAGUUGUUUUCAGAAUAAAAAGUUAUUAAAAUAUUUGCAUAAAAAAUACCUGAAUUUCCGAAAAUCGCUUUCAAGUACAUAUUGCACUUCAAACAAUUAAAGAACCUUUUUUGUUUGUUUUAAAAAUACUGAGCUGUGCAUUGGUAAACUUUCUGUUCAGUUGUACCAUUUUAACGCACUGGGUCAAAAUCACUGCUCAAUUUCAAUUCUCAGAAUAAAUAGUGUUUGCAGUAAUCAAAUUGGCUUCUGUUUUCAAUCUAACUUACAAGUUCUUCAUGAAA